AUGUGGAGAGUAGAGUCAGUGCGUCGUGAGAUUGAGGAGAGGGAGGUGGACAAGCAUGCGUCGAAGUGUAAAGUGGAUAGCGUGAAGAGUGCCAAGAAUGUGGAGAACACAAACACUGUCGAGAGUGUGGGAAGUACAGAGAACGCGGAGGGCGUGGAUACAAUGGCUAGCAGUGAAAAAUAUUUCGAUGAGUACAAGCUACGCGAGCGAGCAAACCAGCAUAUUGAAACCUCGCCGAUGAAAUACAUGCAAGUUUUCGUUGUAUCUACAAAAAAUUCCGCUGUACGCACGGUGGUUCACAAAAAUGCGCUGUCUACUGGGCAGCGCAAUCGCAAAGCCCGAUACUGUCGGGGCUUGGCGCGCUUCACGCCGACUGUGAUAAAUGUAGACGACGGAACAUAA